AUGGAAAGAGGUUGGCUCCAUGAACAUGGAUUCUUCCUUUGUCUCAUUCUCCACCUGCUGCUUCAGGAUGCACAACUUCAACUGAUGACAUCUUUCCUAUGGCUAAACAUGUUCUGGUACAAUCCAUUCAUCACGUGGAACCCAGAGGAAUGUGGGGGCAUCAGGAAGAUCAGUAUAGCAGCUGAGAAUCUUUGGCUUCCAGAUAUCUUCAUCGAGGAGUUUAUGGAUAUGGAUCAGACAGCUACAGGUCUCAUGGUUAUGUCAACAGUGAAGGUCUCAUCAAAUAUGAUAAGCCAAUGCGGGUGGUCAGCAUCUGUAACCUGGACAUCUUCUAUUUCCCCUUUGAUGAACAGAACUGCACACUUACCUUCAGCUCAUUCAUCUACACAGGUAAGUGAGACUCUAACAUGCUCCUGGGCAUGGAGAAGAAAGUGCAGGAGAUUUCGAACACAUCACAGGACCUCAUUCGGAGCAAGGGAGUGGGUACUUCUGGAUAUCCACCAGAGAAUGAUGAAGAUGACUGUGGGCACCAACCAGUAUGACCAAAUCAUUUUCUAUGUUGCCAUCAGGCGCAGGCCCAGACUCUAUGUUAUAAACCUUCUGGUGCCCAGUGGCUUUCUGGUUGCCAUUGAUGCCCUCAGCUUCUACCUGCCAGUAGAAAGUGAGAAUCGUGCCCCAUUCAAGAUGACACUUCUGCUGGGCUACAACGUCUUCCUGCUCAUGAUGAAUGACUUACUCCCUGCAACUGGCACCCCCCUCAUCAGUAUGGUCCCUUCCUCCAUCAGGAGAAUGAAAGCAAAGUGGGCGUGGGGUGUCUACUUUGCCCUGUGUCUGUCCCUGAUGGUGGUCAGCCUACUAGAGACCAUCUUCAUCACCUACCUGUUGCACCUGGCCACCACCCAGCCCCCACCCAUGCCUCAGUGGCUCCAUUCUCUCCUCCUCUACUGUACCAGCCCAACAAAAUGCUGCCCCACUGCACCCCAGAAGGGAAAUAAGGGCCUAGGCCUCACCCCCACCCAUCUGCCUGGUGUGAAGGAGCCUGUGGAGUUGGUGGGGAAGGUGCCAGGUCCCAGAGAGGCAGAGUUAAAUGGGUGCCCUGGGUCAACAAGGGCCCAACAAGAAUAUGAGGCUCAGAAGCGGCACUUGGUCAACCUGUGGAUAGAGUUCAGCCACAUGAUGGACACCCUACUCUUCCGCCUCUACCUGCUCUUCAUGGCCACCUCUAUCAUCACAGUCAUCGUCCUCUGGAACACCUAGGCAAAUGCCCAUCUGCAAGCUCAGGUCUGGAGCUUCUCUUGCCUCUGGAAACCAUCCAUGCUCCCAUGUGUGUCCAAGUCCCAGCCUCACAGGCCUGGCAACCACCUUGUUUUCUGCUCAAUCCUUCUGUCCGGUUUCAGACCAGACCUGGAUGAUUGCCUAUGCCUCCCAGGAUUAGGUCCUUGCUCCUGCACUCCAUCAGCUCCCGUCAGCACUCCCAUAAGUGAUGGCUGCCUGCCUCAUCAGGAUUCAAGUUCCUGGA